AUGUCCACGCCGUUCGGGAAAAGUAAGAGAACGCCAAGAACACCACCACUAUCUCCGUCGCCGUCGCCGACACCAACACUACCAAAGACUCCGUCGACGCCGCGAGUGAAGUCUGUGGCCGAACAAAAGUCGGAAAAGAAGAAGAAAGAAGAAAAGAGGAAGAUGGAUGCGCAACUCAAGGCGCUAGUGAAGCAGAGAGAGGCAGUGCGUGGAAAGCUGUUUCGUGUGCGUGCGGCCUUGAGAGACAGCGAGGAGGAACCGAACCCGAACGUUCGAAACGUUCACUUCCUCCAGCUGCAGAAGCGGGCUUUGGAGAACAUUUACGGCGAGUGCAACGAGGUGCAAAACAAGAUCUACGCACUGCCGCUCUCUGAAGACCAAGACAUAGUGCAAACCGAGAAGUACGUGGAGUUCGAGGGUGUCUUCAACGACGUGUCGCUGAAGUUGAGCACGCUGAUCGAUGUCGUGCCGAAGGCGGAACCAGCUGCCCCAGCGGCCGGAGCGCCGGUCCAGCAGCCAGCCCAGCACUACCUCCCACCGCUGCAAGUGCCCUUGCCCAAAUUCGAUGGGUCCUACGAGAAGUGGUACGCGUUCAAGGCGCUGUUCACCACUCUGAUGAACCGCUACCGACAAGAAGAGCCCGCCCUGAAACUCUACCACCUGCGGGACUGCCUCGUAGAGAAAGCAGCCGGAAUCAUCGACGACGAGAUGAUCAACAACAACGAUUACGACGCCGCCUGGGCGCUGCUCACGUUGCGCUACGAGGACAAGCGGAUCGUCGUGGACAAGCUCGUGGAGAAACUCUACGGACUGCCCAAGAUCAGCCAGGAGGAUGCUGCGGAGCUGCGGAAGGUGAUCGACACCUGCACGAAGAACGUUGAUGCCUUGAGGAACCAGGAACUACCGGUGGCUGGGCUCGGCGAGCAGAUGCUGAUCAACCUCAUCGUGGGCAAGAUGGAGAAGAAGCUGCAGUUGUCCUGGGAGGCCUUGCAGAAGAAGAACGUGCUCUCGACCUACGCUGCGUUGAUGGCGUUCCUGGAAGAGCAGUGUCGAAUCUCCGAGAAGCUCGACACGAAAGUGAAACCAGUGAAGGAGAGUGCGAAGCCGAAAACGGCGGGAAGAAGCCACACGCUGGCAGUGAGUGAUUCGAGAAACGAACUAAAGUGUCCAGUGUGCAAGGCCGCUCACGAACUGUGGAAGUGCGAAGUCUUUAAGAACAAAAGUGUCAGUGACAAGUACGAGAUCCUGAAAAAGUGCGGCGCCUGCUUCAAUUGUUUGAUGAAAGGCCAUCGAACCCGCGCGUGUUCGUCCGGCUCUUGUCGCCAUUGUGGCAAGAAGCACCACAGCUCGCUCCACGAGGACAGUCCCAGCCAGGUCGCGAACAGCGCAGCUCCGACGACGCCAGCGUCCGAAGUGUCCCAGACGAUCAACACACCAGCAGCGGGAACGUCGACAACCCUGUGCGUGAGCGCUGCGAGCUCGGAGAAGCAAACCGUCCUCUCGACUGCCGUGGUUUUGGUUGACGGCAAGUGCAGCACUCCCAUCCCGUGCCGUGUGCUACUCGACUCCGCCUCGCAGAUGAAUUUUGUGACCGAACGCUUCGCGAACCUUCUCUCCCUGAAACUGAAACCCGCUGACUACACGGUCAGUGGUCUGAACGGCAACAAAACCCGGAUUAGCCGUCGACUGCGCGCGACCAUCAGGUCUCGCCACGGAAACUUUGCUGCUGAACUGGACUUCCUGGUGACCCCACGAAUCACUGGUGAGCUUCCGGUGAAAUCCUUCGACGCCUCGGAGUGGCCCAUCUCAAGCGAACUUGUGCUGGCAGACCCGGCGUUCAACAAACGAGGACGCGUCGAUAUGCUGAUCGGCGCCGAAUACUUUUGGAACCUGCUACUAGACGGCCGAUACGAACUCGGCCCCGACCGACCAGUGCUGAGGAACACCAAGCUGGGUUGGAUUGCCGGAGGUGUGAUUGCGAGCGAUGCGACGGUCGUUGCGCGCACACUUUGCCAGACGUCUGAAGAAGAGCCGCUCAUCGAGCUGCUGAAGAGCUUCUACAAGGUGGAGGCCUGCGACGAGAUCCGCUCAUCCCCGACGGCGGACGACGAGAUGUGUCUGGAGCACUUCCAGCGCACACACGAACGAACUGAGGAAGGGCGCUACGUGGUACGUCACCCUUUCAACGAACGCAAGCGCGAGCUGGGAGACUCGCGUGAGAUGGCGCUGCGGCGUUUUCUGGCUCUGGAGCGGAAACUGGACAAGCAGCCCGAACUGAAGGAGCAGUACUCGCAGUUCAUCCGAGAGUACGAGCAACUCGGACACAUGCGAGAGAUCGAAGAAGCACCGAACGAGGACCCGGGAUCGGCGUUCUACCUGCCGCACCACUGCGUGCUGAGGCCCACGAGUACGACCACCAAGCUGCGGGUCGUGUUCGACGGGUCGGCGAAGACGUCCACGGGCGUCUCGAUCAACGACGUUCUGAGGAUCGGCCCAACAAUCCAGAACGACCUGACGGCGAUCCUGCUCCGAUUCAGAGGCUUCCAGUUCGUCUUAACGCUCGACAUCCCGAAGAUGUUCCGGCAAGUGCGCGUCCAUCCGGAAGAGACAAGGUACCAGCGAAUCUUUUGGAGGUACGACCGGAACGAUUUUCUCACCGUUCGAGAGCUGCUCACGGUGACGUACGGCCUGGGACCCUCGCCGUUCCAAGCAACCAUGGCGCUGAAACAAGCUGCAGCAGAUCACGAAGACGAGUUCCCGAGGGCCGCCGAGGUGGUCGACAAGGGAACGUACAUGGACGACGUACUGACGGGUGCCGAUACACUUGCUGAGGCGUGCGAACUCCAACGGGAGAUGACCGGGCUCCUAGCGAAAGCCUGCUUCGGCGCCCACAAGUGGUGCGCGAACCACUCCGACCUCUUGCGAGAGGUCCCUGAAGAGCUGCGUGGCAAUUCGUUCGAGGUCACCGACGACAGCUCGAAGACGAUCGUGAAAACGCUGGGCGUUACGUGGAACCCGUUUGAGGACUGGUUCUCGGUGUCAGUGCCCGACUUCGACGACCUGGAAGAAGUGACUCGGAGGAAGCUUCUGAGUCAGCUGGCCAAGAUUUUCGACCCGCUGGGAUUCUUCGGGCCAGUCAUCACUUACGCGAAGCUGAUCCUGCGAGAAGUUGGCGAGCUGCACAUCGAGUGGGAUGACCCGGUCCCAACAGACAUCGGCGAGAAGUGGCGGAGCUUCCGCAUCGAGUUGACCGCGCUGAGAGAAGUGCGACUGCCGAGAUGGAUCUCCUGGAAAGGCGCGCUCAAGCUAGAACUGCACGGGUACGCGGACGCAUCUGAUCUGGCCUACGGUGCGUGCAUCUACGUGAAGGGCUUCUUCGCGAACGAGGAGACCGAGAUGCGAUUGAUCUGCAGCAAGUCUCGAAUCCUGCCCAAGAAACGGAAGCCCAAGGAGAAGACCAUCUCGACCCCCCGAGCUGAACUGCUGGCGGCACUGUUGCUCGCUAGAAUGGUCGUGAAGUUCCUGAGCGCCACGGAACUCAAGUUCGAAUCGGUGCACCUCUGGAGCGACUCGCAAAUCGUCCUGGCUUGGCUCAAGAAACUCCCGCAGCUGCUGCAGACGUUCGUGUCGAAUCGGAAGCUGAUCAAGUCCAAGAAGUGGUGGCAGGGCCGACCACGCACAACCGUAGCCGCGGCUGCGGACGAAAUCGUGAUUCCGGAUGACGAGCUGCCGGAAAUGCGAACUGGAGUAGUGCUGGCCAUGACAGUUCCUGUCGAACGUUUCCCGAUGUUUGACAAGUUGAGCAGUUUCACGGAAAUCGUCAGAAGCAUGGCCUACUUGGUGCGCUUGGCGAGGUUCGUCAAGUCGCGCAAAACGGAGGUGGUGAAGGGACGACUCACCGCCAAGGAGAUGCGCACAGCAACGCUCGUGAUUGUACGGCUGGUUCAACGCGAAGCAUUCCAGCCAGAAAUCCUCGCACUGAUGGACGGUGCGGACACAAACCAUCGACUCAACGGGCUGAAGGCGUUCCUAGAUCCCGACGACGGCCUUCUGCGAGUUGGUGGCCGGAUCAAGCGGGCGUUCGUGCCGUACGAUAGCCGUCACCAGAUGCUGCUGCCGGCUAAGCACCCGAUCACCGAAGCACUCGUCCGAGAACUGCACGUGGACAACCUGCACAUCGGGCAACGAGGUCUGCUUGCAGUUGUACGACAACGAUUCUGGCCGCUCAACGUGAAGAGUACGAUCCGCCAAGUGAUCCGGAAGUGCAUCGUGUGCUUCAAAGCGAACCCGUUGAAGACGACACAGCUGAUGGGUGACCUCCCGUCGUAUCGUGUCCAGCCAGCUCCGGUCUUCUCGAACACCGGUGUGGACUACGCCGGGCCAUUCUGGAUCAAGGCGUCGUCGGCCACGCGUAAGCCCCAGAUCACGAAAGCUUACGUGUGCUUGUUCGUGUGUUUGCAGACCCGGGCCAUUCACUUGGAGCUGGUCUCGGACCUGACGACGGAUGCCUUCCUAGCGAGCUUGCGACGAUUCGCCAGCCGACGCGGGUGCCCGAAAACGAUGCACUCUGACAACGGGACCAACUUUGUCGGGGCCAAAACGGAGUUGCACGAACUUUGGCAGAUGUUCCAGAACGAGUGCGCCACGAAGAAGAUCACCAGCUACUGCGUCGAGAAGGGAAUCGAGUGGUCUUUUAUCCCGCCGCGGAGUCCACACUUCGGCGGCAUCUGGGAGGCCGGCGUGAAGCAGGUCAAGCACCACCUGAAGCGGAUUGUCGGCGAGCGAAAGUUGUCCUACGAGGAACUCUACACCACGCUGACCCAGAUAGAAGCUGUUUUGAACUCGCGGCCCCUGGUGCCGAGCUCGGACGACCCGUCGGACUACACCGCGAUCACGCCAGCGCACUUCUUGAUCGGACGCGAGAUGCAGGCCGUGCCAGAACCAGACUACUCGCACCUGAAGGAGAACCGACUGUCGCGAUGGCAGCUGGUGCAGACCAUGCUGCAGCACUUCUGGAGGCGGUGGACAGCUGAAUACCUGCCGGAGCUGCAAAACCGAUCGAAGUGGCUGAAGACGAAGGUCAUCAAGGAGGGAUCACUCGUGCUGCUCGUGGACCAGAACGCGCCGCCUCUGCAGUGGCCCCUUGGACGAAUCGUGACCGCGCACCCCGGAGAGGACGGCGUGACUCGCGUCGUUACGGUGCGCAUGGCGAAUGGAGCGGAGUUCAAGCGUGCGGUGACCGAGGUGUGUUUGCUGCCGUUGGACGAGGACGAGGAUUGA